UUACUAUUAGUGUUUCUCAUGAGUUAAGACCAGUUAGACGACGUUACGUAUGCCUCAAUAGUCGACAUGCCGCCCAAGUAUUUAAUGUUUGUCAUUUUAGUGUGUUUAGUUAUAAAUGUCGUUUUAAUGGAUGCUGCUCCAACUGCUGCCCAAGACGACAAUGAACCAGUGUCGUUGCCGCGGUCGGUGGCCGAGUUGGUCGAAUGGGAAGAAUUCAGGCGCAUGUGGAGGGACGCCGCCAAGGUGCAGUUGGAAAAGCGGUUCCCGGGUAGCGGCCCGGCGCCAUCCAGGAACAUGAUCGGCGACGUCAUGACAUCCGAAGACUUCCAGAAGGGGAUGUGCGCAAUGAGCGGCAUGGGCAUGAAGGGAAUGAGCAGCAUGAUGACCGGCCGCGGUGCCCCGUGGGACCAAAUGAGCACUUUCGUGGGCUCCGAGAACACCCAGCACAGCGCGUGCGACCUGAUGAUGCAGACCAUGACCCAGUCCGGUACAGGAAUCAACGGGUACAUGGGUCGGUUAGACAACGACGCCUCCAGAGAUCCUGCCCAAGUGAUCGACAUGUACUUCCAGUCCAGAGCCUACGACACGUUCAAGGACAACUUCGCCAACAUGUUUUCGAACACAAAAAUAUUUUAACACGAAGCGUUCUCGUGUUAACUUAUUAUCUUCGUUCGGUUUUACUUGAUUAAACUUUUAACAACAUCUUUAAAGUAAAAUAAAAAUCAUUUAUCUGAAAAUUAAUUCAUAUUAUAGACACAACAGUUGCGUGUCCAAUUUUAACGCGUCCAAGAUUCGUACCGCAGAAAGCGCCUUUAGACUUUUAUUUUUUUACAAAACGACAUAUUUUUAACUACCACAUGCUUCUAUUAAAUUAUUAUAAUUUUAUAUUAAAAAAGCUACUGAAUUAUUAAUAUUGAUAUCGUAAUGUUAUACGUCAUGUAAAAAAUAAUGCACAUGUAUCUCUUGUUAUGUUUAUCGAAUAAACUAACUGUU